AUGGAAGAAUAUAGGAGAUGCUUGGAGAGGCAAGAGCGAGAAAGAAAUGAGAGAAACCGUAGAGCCGAUGAAAUCAAUGAGUUGCAGAGACAAGUCGAUGAACAAGUUCUCAUAGCAGUGGCUUUGCAAGAUGAAGAGAACCAAGGUCGUCGUCGUGGUUCACAAGUCGGCCGUCGCCGGAAUGUGGACAGACAUAGGCAUUCUCGAGGUAAGAAUCUUUUGGAAGAUUAUUUUGUCCCAACUGCUUUGUACUCUGAUGUUGAUUUUCGAAGGCGAUUUAGAAUGCAACCCCAUUUGUUCAAUAAAGUCAUGCAUGAUAUUUGCAAUUAUGAUGCAUACUUUGUUCAAAAGUGUGAUGCUGCUAGCGUUUUAGGGCUUCUUCCGGAGCAAAAACUUACAGUUGUUAUACGAAUGUUGGCGUAUGGAGCAUCUGCUAAUCAGGUGGAUGAGAUUUCCCGAAUGGGGAAGUCCACUACGUUAGAGGCUUUGCAUGCCUUCUUCGGAGUUGCCGGAACCCAAAAUGACCUCAACGUGCUGGGUCAAUCUUUGGUCUUCAAUGAUGUUUUGAGAGGCCAAGGCACAAAUAUCACAUAUCAAGUCAACAAUACAGUCUACCAAACGAGGUAUUAUCUAGCUGACGGCAUCUACCCAAGGUGGACCACAUUUGUCAAAUCCAUUCCAAAUCCCCGAUCCCAUAAGCAAAAAUUAUUUGAUACCUAUCAAGAAGGAUACAGGAAAGAUGUCGAAAGGUGUUUUGGCAUCUUUCAAGCUCGGUGGUUGAUUAUUCAAGGUGCGGCCUGUAUGUUUGAUGAGGAGAUCCUCAUAAGCAUUAUGAUGACUUGCAUCAUCCUCCAUAAUAUGAUUGUGGAGGAUGAGUACGAUUAUGAUGCUUUAGAGGUCUACGAACCGGAUCCAAUGAACACGGCCUUGACCAGGAUUUAUGAAAGGCCGAUGGGGCCAAGUGGAGAACCGUUUGAGCCGGAACCGUUGGUGAAGGACGGUCGUUUCAUGACCCUGAUGAUAGAUCGAUAUACAGAGAUGCAAUCUUCAUAUAUUCAUGAAAGGCGUCAACUUGACUUGAUGGAGCAUCUAUGGGCGGUGAAAAGCAAUGAAGAUGAAUGA